CCGAACCAUCCUGAAAGAGAGAGAAGGCACGAGCGAGGAGAAAGGAGGAGAAAGGAGGACAUACUGAAAGUGCCGAAACGCACAGACACACGGAGAAACCAUGGAGACAAGACCCACGAACCGGAGGACAGUACCUAAUAACGGAAUGCGACUUUUAACGUCCUUUUUCGUCCUGUGCGGAGCCGUCGCAGUUGUGAGGAGCAAUCAGGUGGUCGUCUCUGACAAAGUGAACGCGGUGCUGGGGAAGAACAUUACGCUUGGCUGCAGGAUCCUGGUGGAGCCCAACCUGAGUCUGACACAGAUCUCCUGGGAACGCCGUCUUCCCUCAGGUCCUAUCACCUUGGCAGUGUUCAACCCCGAGUACGGAACCUCGUACGCCCCGGAAUACGGCAAGCGCAUCUCGUUUGUGUCCCCGUCCAUACGGGACGCAACUAUCAUCAUCGAAGGAGUUGGUUUUGCUGAUAUCGGGUCAUACACCUGCAAAGUGGCGACUUUUCCUCUGGGCAACACGCAAGCAUCGACCUUUGUUAAUGUUUCAGUGGAGCCCAAGGUGUACGUGUCUGCAGGCCCCGCAGCUCUUCUCGACGGCGGGGACGAGGCGCUGGUGGCCACCUGCAUCGCGGAGCGCGGGCGGCCUGCCGCUGAGGUGUUCUGGGAGGCUGAGCUGUACGGGCGAUCCGAGAAGCAAACUCAGGAGGAAGUCAAUGGCACCACCACGGUGCGCGUCAACUACAUGUGGAAGCCCCAGAGCUACGCCCAGGGAAAGAUGCUCACCUGCGUGGUUCGCCACCCGACUCUGCAGACAGAGUUCCGCAUACGCUACAAGCUAAAUGUGCAGUUUGCACCAAAUAUAUCCAUACAAGGAAUUGAUAAAAUUUGGUAUGUGGGUCAAACAAACGUGAGAAUCACCUGCACAGCCAAAGCCAACCCUCCUGCCCAUGACUACAAGUGGAUCAGGUUGGAUGGAGCCAUGCCGGAGGGUGUUAAGAUUUCAAAUAACAGCCUGUCUUUCACACGGCCACUAGAGCGAAAUGAUUCUGCAACCUAUCGCUGCGAGGUGACUAAUGACAUUGAUCGCAGCACUCACAAUGUCAACUUCUGGGUUCAAGAUCCCCCUCCCACCACCGCGGCCCCCAGCACCACUGCCUCCCCCAUCCGUUAUGCGUCCGGAACAGGAACAGACGUGGACCGCCGACAAGCCCUGUUCACCUCCCCCACCCUGGCCUCGGUUCACGACAGCAGUCUGGGCACCAUAAUCGGCGGGGCAGUGGGUGGCGUUCUCUUUCUGGUCCUCCUGCUGAUCCUCGGGGGCGCUUGUUUUAUGCGCCAGCGCAGGACCUUCAGAGGGGACUACUACACCAAGCAGUACCUGGGACCCUCCGACAUGCAGAAGGAGUCUCAGAUAGACGUCCUGCAGCCGCACGAGCUGCAGGAGGUUUACGGGGACAAGACCAGCAAGGGCAGCCAGGAGCUGAAACCCAAACUGGGCGGGGACAUUAUUUACCCCGACUAUACUCCAGAGCGGAAGGACAGGGACGACUGGAACGACAGGGGUGACGGCCCUAGGGUCACAAAGGAGGGGAACUAUUACCCAGACCACUACAGCAACCAAAACAUGCACCCCUGCGGACCUCCAGUGCACAGCCCCAUUGUUAACAAUGGCUCCUCCUACCUUCCGGAGGACUGCUACGAAAACGGUACAGACAGCGACUACGUGUCGCACAUGGACGGAUCUGUGAUUUCACGCAGAGAGUGGUAUGUUUGAGGACAACUAUGGACAAAACGGCAAAAAUCCAAAUGGGAUUAUGUCAACAAGUGACAGACUUCAAAGGAUGCAUCGUUUUAUUUAAGAAGCAGAAAUGACAUUUCUAAGCUUUUCCAUUGAGCUUCUUGAAUGGUUUUGCUCCGCCUUGAUUGUGACCACUUAACCUUAAGGAUGUUUUCUGGGGAUUCUACUUUCAAGUUUGUAGCGAUGAGCUGCAACGAAGCUGGAAUGCCUCAAAAGAUAUGAUCUGUUUUUGCUUUGGCCUACGGUGACAUGUCUGACCAAUGUGAACAAGGUUUUGUUGCCCUCUGGUUUGUGUUUGUACCUGGUUCGUACACGGUCAGCUGUUCCACGCCCUCGUUGUCCAAGUAUUUAUUCUGCAGACCGAACGGGCUUUGCUCUGCUGAAGCCUCACAACUUCUGCCGCGUUUAGAAAGACUAUCUCAUGAGAGGUCGUUGUGCUUUUUCACACAAAAGUGAAGAGUUUAUAAUGGCUGAAACCAGUAUUUAAAGCAAAUUAUAUUGCAUGCUUUCUAAAAAACAAAAGGUAUCAUUAAGUGAAAGGGAAGUUUACAAGAUGAAAAGGGAGACUUGCUGGGGCGUCGUACAAAGGGUGAAGCAAAGCAGUGGAUCUCAGUAUGUAGCAGUGUAGGCAUGGACCGGUAUCAGAAUCCCAGGGUUUCCUAACUGGAGGGGGAAAAAUGGCACAACGUCAUGCUAUUUAUUCAGAAAAGUAAAUUAUGAUUGCUUUCAUUUAAAAACAAAAAGCAACAAUUUUUAUAAUUUUGUGGUAAAAAUGUACCUUAAAGCUGCAAUAUGUAUCUUUUCUGUAAAAAUUUAUUUAUUUUUUUACAUAUUGAUUCAAAGUGUUGCUAUGUCGAGACAGUAUAACGUGAGACAGAUAAUCGUUGAAAUAUUCUGGCUCCUCCCAGUCGUCCUACUGCCAUCUGCAGAAGAGCAAGGGGGAGAAUGUCAGCAGCAUACACAUAAGCGAGAUUCACGGCGCUAAGACCCUCCUCCUGGCUCCAAUUGGCUGAGUGGGAGCAGUGUGUUUCUGCAGAUGGCUGUAGGACCACAAGGAGAAUGUGGAGGAACUUGAUGUUUUCAUAGAUCAUCUGUGUUUGGACACAGUAGCAGUUUUGACAAAUGUAAAAAACAUAUUUUUUUAUGAAAGUGACAUACUGCAGCUUUAAUACAGGAGGUGGCACUCAGUUUUCUUUAAGUGAGGGAAAAGCAUUGGAGUUUUUUUUUCUUUUUUUCAGCCAGCUGACUGGUAGGGCUUAGCAACAAGUGCAGGAGGGGCAACGUUGUGCUCUCUUUCUUUCUCUGGCAUCAUUUUGAAAAGCCCUUAAACUGAUUUUUUUUUAUUUUUUUUUUUGUCAUUUUAAAGUGUUUUUAGAACUGUUUCACCCUGAUCGCGGUACCAGCCCAUUCCUAACACACACCCUGACUGACAUGAACAAUGUUUGGGAUCAUAACUCAGUCAUCAGCCGUUCACCAUGUCACCUACACACUCAAGAGAUCACACACUGUGGAAAACACCUUUACUCUGUCAGCUGCUCCCAAAAUUUCAACACCCACAGAUGUCAUAGCAACAGCGUUUUUAGUUUUAUUUUUGGUAGUGCUUUUUUAUUUUUUAUUUAAUUCAAAAGAAGUGUGCAAAGGACAUAAUCUCAGGUUGCUCUCUGAAGCAGUUUAUUAAAAGAUAAGUUCUGCCAUCAGAGUCUGACUUUAAGUGUGUCAGACGGUCAGAACAUCUCAGUCUGUGUAGAAGUGCAGCGCGUCACUGGCAGCUCCUCCUCGUCCUCCAGCUGCUUCCUCUCGUUGUUGUCGCUUCUUCGAAAAACUAACGGAUAAGCGGAUGAAAAAGCGAUGAUUGCAAGCGUUGACUGUGGCUGACUUUACGCAGAAUAAUCAAUUUUGUUUCAAUCUUCACUCUGCCUUGAACACUUAUCAGCUUUGGCUUGGUUUGGGCUUUUUGUUGUUGUUUUGUUUUGUUUUUCUACCUUAGAAAUCACAAGCACAUAUCUGCCAGAAGCUCUUGUUAUUUUGUACAGGAGACAAAAGAGUUUUGUCCUUUUGUCUAAAAGUUGAGCAGGAAGCCAAAUCUGUUAAUUAUCAUCUAUUUUUUUCUUCAGUAGCCAUACUUUAGAAGUGCUUUAUUUGUUAAAAGUGUCAGUGAACUCAUUUAGACUAUUGUCCAUAACAAUAUUAAUAUUGGAUGUUGAUAUAGGUCCAAAUUGCUAUACCUGUGCAUACCUUUAAAGACAGUUUACUAAAGAAUUUGAAAAUAAAAAUAAAAUAGUCAUAGACUUCUCUUUAGCAUCUUGAAUUAGUGCCUUUAAUGGCAGUCUGAGAACCUAUUCAAAAGAAUUUAAACCUGACAUUUAGUCUGAGACUUCCAGAAAACAUUUCCAAAUUCAACAUUUUCUAUAACAUUGAAAACUUCAAAGAACCAAUCAGAACACCCGCGGUGUGUUCUCUUCAGCCGUCUUCCUAUCACCUUAAAAUGAUUCCCUGGUUCUUAUAACUCCGUUCUGCCGCUGCCUUCACUUUCAAACACCUCGCUGAUGCUGAAAAUAGCUUCCUAGCUCUUCCUUACUCACUAAUAACUUCCACACUCAAGAGUGUUGUCAGCACAUCCAAGCUCAUCCAUCAAAAAAAACCCAUUUCCUUUAGACAGUGGGCUGAUCACAGGUUCAUCCAAGCAGAAAAUGAUCUCAUUCUGGGAACCAUCAAAUCUUUCUGUGCAAACUGAUGAAACGAUGCCUAAUCAUAUGUAGGGAUCUGGUAAGAAGACAUCAGAUCUGAAUCCAAAACACUAAAGCCAAAUCCAAACUGUUACACAGCGGUGGCUGCUAUAGAAACGCCAUAAAUCUCAAGUUGUGUAAAACUGAAGUUUGAUAGUAACUGAAACCAAAUCUACAGACAUGGCCAUUGACAUAAGAUCAUGCAGUCAUAAAAAAAAAGUGCAGCUCUGUUAUUAAACUUCACAGUAAGUUUCAGAACCGCCCCUGUUUCCCUGUUGAGGCCUGAUACCGGGCUAUGCUGCUGUCUUUUUCAUUUUCCCUCCUGAAUGUGUUCUGAUUUCUGUCUCUAAGACCAAUUGGCCUCUUUUUUUUUUCUUUUUACAACUGCAGAUCAAAGGAAUCUGUUAUAAAUACCAGAUGGGAGUGAUACGGCUGUCAUCAUCUGACAUUAUGUGGGCUGCGUAAACCACCAGCAGUUUUGCUGCUGCUGCUCGUCACUCUGCCGUCGCGCUUCAGGAUCUCCAACUCGCAACAAAAAGAGAGGCAGAAGCGCCAAACGGAUCCCUGGGUUUUUAGUUUUGUUUGAAAAUAGGAUUAUUGAGAUGUGAGCAGCUGACGUCACUGCAGAGCAUGCCGUAAUGUUGGGGUUUGGCUCCUCUCGAGGAUGUAGAGCGGCCAUGGAAACAAGAAACUUAAUCUGCGAGUAAAAAAACAGAGAAAUCUGAACCAUGGAGGUCAGGGAUGUAUGUGUAAUGGCUCCCUGUGGAAGAGAUACAUGUUUCUUUCUUUCCCCACAAGCAGCAUUUCUUGUGAAACUAAGUUGAAACAAAAGAGCUGACAUCAUCAGCGAUCUCAUCUUUUCCUGCUUGGUUCGUCCCAACACUUUUCCUCUCAAAGCUUUAGCUUUGUUUCCUCAGGAUUGAUACAGAGAUCAGUGGCCUUAGCUAAAUGUCACCACAACCAAACAGAAAGGAAAGUCUUUCUUUUGCCAAACAAGUGUUGGUAUCAGUCGAGAGCAAAACACAGGUAUCCAAAACAAUCUGGUUCUUUCUGACAAUAAAAUUUUACCCUUUCUUAAUUCAAAAAUUGCCUGCCAGAGCUGCAGAAUGCUGAAAUCAUUUUACUAGAACUUGUUUGACACCAAACAGGUGUCAAACUGUUUGGUGUUUUAGAUGUUCAUCCAGUCUAAAACUGGAUGAACAUCGACUAGUUAGAAAUAAUUUCACUGAGAUCUAUCAGCCUUGAAAAAGUUACAGUCAUGUCUCAGGCUUUGGGACUCCAGCUAACGAUGCUAUCACAUAUGGAACAGUGGUAAACCUUCCAGAAUAACUUUUAAAGCUAUCCAGGCUUCAGUUAACUCACUGAAUGUGAGUGUUCCUGAUUUCAUCAAACUGAGCAAAAAAAGGCUUUCACGAGAAAGCUGAAAAGAACACUACAGCCUCUCUCACUUUAGAAGAAUAUUGUCACCUUCCUAAAAUAAAGGUCUGUGUCAUUUUUUGACAUGAGGUUUUUUUUGGGGGGGGAGACGAGGUGUGGUUUGACUUAGGCCGUUAUUUUAGGAAGGUGACAAAAUUAUAAAACCAAAGACUUUUAGACGGAUAUUCUGCGAGUUGCCUAAAUAAAAUGGAGCUUCCUGGAGGAUGUGUGUCCUGUUACUUCUGUUGUUAAACUAAUAAAAUAGUUCAUAAAAACAACAACAAGCGGCCCUCAGAUGUUUAUGGUGUGACGUUCGGGUGCUGCCCGUGCUGCGUCAGGACCUGACUGUCUUGCUGAGUGAACCGAGCACAACUGCUGAAGGAAAAGGUUCGGCUGACAGUUAGCGACACUAAUAAUCAAAUGAACCUUACGAAGGAGAAAAAUCAUUUUCAAAAUUAAAACAAAAGCAAGUGCACCUCUAAAUGGCACAGCUAAAGAGCAACAAAUCAAGUGAAGUUUUUGGAAUGCCCCGGUCAAAUUCUGGUCUUUAAUUCAAUUGAGAUGUUGUGAUAUUAACUUAACUCUCCUGCGCUUUUACAAGACGAGGUCCUUCAAACGCUGCAAGUUUUUUACCCUGUGCACGGUUUGGCGGGAUAGCACUGACCCUGCGUGCGCUUGUACAGGGUUUUAUUUAUGUGUGGUUUGGGGAAUUGACGAUCUGACCGGACAACCCUCUCCAACUAACCCCGCUGUCCGACCACGGCACGCUCUUCCUGGGCAUGACACUAAGACUGCAGGAGGGAGGGUUAAUCAGCCCAUUUGUGCUCUCACGCCGUAUGGGGCGGCCAAGUUAAAAACAAAUCUGCAAAGAAGAUUGGACCAAAAUUACUCUAGAGGUGACAUGAAAGACUUCUGGUUGCUGCCAAAAGUUGUUGAAGCCAAGAGCAGCAAACCAGCUCUUAAGUUCAAUUGGCAAUUCCAAUUUCUGAUUUAAUAAAUAAAAUUACUUGCACAGAAAAUGGAUGGGUGAGCGUAUCUUAGUCGGAUAUAAAAAUUUGUUUGAGACAUAGCUUUGUUUGACCAAACAAAGCAAAAAUGUCGUAGCGGAUUCAGGUCCAUUUUUGUCGGGGGGGUUUGAAAGAUUUCCGGCACAGGUCUCCGCCCCUGGUUUUCUCAUGGCACGGCUCCGGGUCGAAGGGUUUAGAUGUCUCAGAAUAAACUCCUUUAAUCUGGGCUCUCACUCGCGCCGUCGCCACACAUCUGCCACUGCGGCCCCACAUGGAAGGAGCCGUCCUCACCUCAAAACCUUCAGCUUUUUAAUCAGCUUUUAUACCCUCCAGCCUCGGUUUGGGGUUUAAAGCAACACCGAUUUAAUGGAUGAUUUUUAUUUGUAAUUUUUUUUUAUUUUAUUUUAUUUUUUUACCUUUUUUGUGUUUUUCGUUUUCUUGCUCACCAACUGGUUGCAUGUGCAGCUAUUUGCUGCCAGUUCCAUCACUAGUGUUUAUAUUACAUGUACAUAUUACGUCUAGCGUUAGCAUGGGAUUAGUUGUUCUCUGUCGUUCUGGGUUUGUUCUGGACUCCCCUACUGAAUAGCUGGUGCCUUAAAUGGGCUGAGCAAUGCACAGAAACUUUAAAAGCUAACAGAUACUGAAAGCAUUAAUGUAAAGAUUAUUAUUAUUCAAAAGAGGGCAGAUGUGCCUUUUUUAAUACGCAUACCAAAUUUCAUAUUUAAGAUUUGCUGUUGCCAAGGCAGCAGAGUUGACAAAAGGUUUAUUAUCAUGCCUUACAGAGUUUAAAAAGGACACGUGUAACAAGUUGGUUACUGGGAAAAUUGUAAUAAAGCAAUGUUUCACUGGGAAUUUUGGCGAGCCAGGUUCAUAGAAAAUAUUAUUUUCCUGUAAAUAUGCUGGCUUUUUUAUUAUUAUUAUUAUUGAAAAAAAAUCUUAUUUUUUUGUAUGAGGUCGGUAAUUUUCACAGACUAUUAGUCGAGCUUUCAGCAGGGCUGCUGUCUCACAAUAAGGCAGAGACCCGGUUUUUCACUGCAUUUUAUAUACGUUGGUGAGAGUUGGUGGUCAGUUGUUUUGUUCGGCGAAUGAUUGAGGUCUCACAGGAAUCAGAGAUGAGCGGGUGGUAGAUGUUUUUUUGUCUUCUGUUCUUUCGUUUGCAAUAAAAAAUAACGUCAUGGUUUCA